AGCAGCAACGCAUACAAGGAGCCGCUCGCAUCGCAUCGCAUCGCUCGGCGAUGACGUCACGUCGGUCAAAAUCGCGGCUCAAUGCGCUGUUUCCAACUCAAUUGAGUUCAGAGCGUCGCCCUUCUGCUUGUGCCAGUUAAGCGGGCCAUCUAGUCGUCAUUUUCUAUUUUCUGCUACUUUGAACCAUCAUUCUUGUUCGAAGUUUGACACUCGAGCAAAAUUGGGAGAGGAAAAUAACAACCGUGUGCCAACCCUCCGUCACUAUUCAUAUUGAGGACAUGAAAAUGUGCCAUUUUCACACAUAGCGUGUCCCGUUUCGAAAAGGACGUAAAAAUGCCGUGUGGACGGCGGCGCAAGAGAGAGACAGAGAGAGAGGAUGACGGCGUGACGACAUGACAGUGAGAGACAGCGAGAGAUGACGGAGUGACGACAUGACAGUGACGCUUGUGACGUCAUACAGGAAGUACUACUGCCGGAAAGUGCUUCGCGCGGCACCCUUGCUUCCUUCCAAAAAACGCCAGCCAGCCAGCCACCCGGCCAGCCGGCCAACCAGCCAACCAACCAGCCUUUUGUGGACGUGAAGAGUGAAGAAGCCACGCACCCACGCAGAAGAAACGGGCUGGCCGCCACCUGCGACGCCACCGCCGCCGCGGCAAUCACGAGAAAGCUGCUUUUUUUUCCGCGCUGGCGGGAAGGCAACCCAGCCCACGGAACGUCCAUCAAAUGACCUUCCUUGCGACGCUCGACACGACUCACGAUAGCCUCGACCGAAACUCGUCCGUCAUUCGAUCGCUUAUUUGCCGCAAAGGGAGUUGCGGCGGCUGCGGCGGCAGGUAGCUCAGCGUGAAAAAGCAGAGGCUCCUUUUUUUGGGGGGGCUGAGGCUGCUGCUGACUUGCCCUCGACGGCGUGGCUGACUUUUCCCGCCCGGUGUUCUUAAGAUGAAGCGACUCCGAGCCGCUCCUUCAGACCGGGGCUGCUUGGUUGGGAUCUGCUUCUUCAUCCUGGGCUUGGGAACUCUGCUGCCAUGGAACUUCUUCAUGACUGCGUCGCUGUAUUUCCAGCGACGGCUGAGCGCAAACGCGUCCAACGUCACGGACGGCGGCCAUGGCAAAGGCGACGGCAGUGGCUACAGCAAGUACUUCAACAGCUGCAUGACCCUGCUGUCCCAGCUGCCCCUGCUGCUCUUCACCUUGCUCAACUCCAUCCUCUACCAGAGGAUAUCGGAGGCGGUGCGCAUCGCCGGCAGCUUGAUCUUCAUCCUGCUUCUCUUCGUCUUCACCGCCGCGCUGGUCAAGGUGGAAAUGGACACUGAGCGCUUCUUCUCCGUCACCAUGGCCACCAUCUGGUUCAUCAACUCGUUCGGCGCCGUGCUGCAAGGGAGUCUCUUCGGCCUGGUGGGGAUGCUCCCCCAGAAGUACAGCGCCGUCUUCAUGAGCGGCCAGGGGCUGGCCGGCACCUUUGCCGCCGUGGCCAUGCUGCUCGCCACCGCCAGUGACGCGCAUCCCGAGUCGGCGGCGUUGGGCUACUUCAUCACGCCGUGCGUGGGCACGCUGGCGACCCUAGCGUGCUACCUCCUCCUGCCCCGAUUGGAGUUUGCCCGCCAUUACCUCGGCCAGGGCGCCAAAUACGAGCCCGGCGCCACGGAUGAGCUGCUCGCAGCGGACGGCGGCAAGCUCAACGGUCGCGCCAACGGCUCGGCGCCCGUCAAAGACGACGGCGAUGGCGCGGAGGGCUCCGAGGCCCGGCGGGACAGAAGCCGUGAGGCUUUUCUGGCGCUGGGGCAGGCGGACAAGACGCAAGCCAAAGCCUCCGUCGUUGAGGUCUUCAAGAAGAUUUGGGUGAUGGCCUUCUGCGUGACCUUUGUGUUCACGGUCACUCUGUCGGUCUUUCCCACCGUCACCGUGGACGUCAGGACGACCGCCUUGCCGGGGAAAUGGGACGACUACUUCAUCAUCGUGUGCUGCUUCCUGACUUUCAACAUCAACGACUGGCUGGGCCGCACGGUCACCACCUUGAUCCGCUGGCCUCGCAAGGAGUCUCCUCUCUUCCCGCUGCUGGUGGUCUCCCGCGUGGUCUUCGUCCCGCUCCUGAUGCUGUGUAACGUCCAGCCUCGCUCCUUCCUGCCCGUCUACUUUGGCUCCGACGCCGUCUUUGCCGUCAUCAUGGCUCUCUUCUCCAUCUCCAGCGGAUACUUUGUCUGUCUGUCCAUGUCGUACGCGCCGCAGUUGGUGGAGGCCAAGGACGCCGAGACGGCCGGAUCUCUGAUGACCUUUUUCUUGGCUCUGGGUCUGUCCAUCGGCGCCGCCCUCUCCUUCCUGCUGCGAUUGCUGGUGUAGUGGUGUGCGGCGGACCCCUUCGGCCAGGCGGGCGGCUCGGCUCGGCUCCGGGUGGGGUGCCUUGACUUGAGAGUCUUUGCCGCGCUCGCCCGUGCGCUUUGGGACGUUGACUGAGCGAGAUUGACGUGCAAAGCGUGUGUGUGUGUGUGUGUGUGCGCGUGCAAGUCAAUCUAUUUUUUGUGUUUCAUCCAACAGUGUGCGCUGUUUCAUCAGUUUUGUUUUAUUUUUCUGCCACCAAAAGCGAGGCCUUGCAAAUGGAGUCGCAAGCUCGUUAAGUGAACAAAUGGCACUUUGAAGUCAAGGCAGACCGACCGACCGGCCGAUCGAUCGACCGGCCGACCGCCGCAAUGCAAUAGGAAUGAGGAACAUACGCUUUUGUAGUAUUUGUUUGCUUGAAAAGACAAGGCAAAGUUGGCAUGUCAAGUAAGGGAUGUCUUUUGCUAAUCCGCCUUCACGCUUCUUCGCCCAGCCAAGAAGCCACAUUGAGUCUUGGCCCAUUUGCCUCAAGCGUGUUGGAAUGAGCUUUUUCAUGGUCCCUGCCACAUCCAAGGCAAACAAGCACCUUUUGCCAUCUUCCUGUUCGCCCUGGCCGCCGCCUGAACAAAGAUUCAUUUGGCGUUUCCUUGAGCGAAACCUUUCUCGUGUUCAUAGGAAGAGCAUUUCUUUGUUUCUGCUCAACAUUUUUUGAUUUUUCAGCUACGUUGGACUGAUGCCAAUGUGCAUCGCUCUGUUUUUUUUUUUUCUUUUUCGAUUUCUAUCAUUGCACUGUGCCUCGCAUAUAUAGACAGACCAGUGCCUAGCAGCCUUUCUCUGUUCGAAUGGGCCCAAAAUGUGGCGUUGUUGUUUUUCUUUUUCCGGGGACUCUCUUUUCUGUCAGUGCAGGGGUGUCAAAGUCAUUUUUGUCGUCCUCAUAGUUUUCUUUGGAUGACCGUCAACGCUGUAUAUGAUGUACAGUUUAAGCUGCACGACAAACUGAUGAAGAACUCGCUCUGCCAUCAGACACGAGUAAAAAGUGUCCAAAUAUCUGGGAAUGGUGGUAGAAAUUCCUAGCAAUAGCUGUAGUUUUGAAAAGUAAAGACAAGUUGCAAUUUUGUUAUGACACAUGAAGUUGAUCCUCAAUUUGUCUCGGCGGGGCCACAUCAAAUGAUUUGGCCCCCGGGCCUGAGUUCGACACCUCUGCCCGGCCCGUAUGGUGAAAAGAUCCAAGUGUCCAUUCGUCACGCUGACGUAAAGAAUGUGCAUCACGUCUCUGCUUCAGCAACAUCUCUGAAAAGACUUUCAGCUGAGCUAGCUAGCUAGCUAGCUCGCAGUGGUGCCUGUGUCUGUCCACUGUACAUUUUUACUUGACCUUGGGAAUGAAUAAAACCUUUUUGAAAGUAUAGAA